UGAUGCGAGGAGGCCUUUCUUCUGGUCGCUCCCACUCCAUUGAUAUCUACUUCAAAAUCGUCAUUUCAAUUCAAACACAAGAAAGGUGACAUUUUUCUUUGUUUCUCUGUGAGAAAUUCUGUCUCACUUCUCAGCAGCUCCUGAGAUCUUGAGUUUAGAGCUUGUCGACCGCACAUACACCAUGGCCUCUGCUGUCCUCUCUGGCUCAAGCCUCGCUGCUGUGGAGAAGUCGGCAUUCACUGGCAAGGUCCCUGCUUCCUUCAAGGCGGCAUCCCCUGCCAAGUUUGUCAACGCUAGGCGCGUUGCCGUGCGUUCACAGCACGAGGCCAAGCGUUCUGCAGCUGCUGCUGCAGUUGCUGCUGGUUCCGUGCUCUCCGCUGGCGCAGCCCGUGCCGUGGAGGCUGAGCAGAUCGUGAACGCACUUGACCAGGUUGAGAACUUCUCCCGGCAAGCCGCUGAUGCUGCCGUUCAGGCGUUCGACGUCGUCAAGUCCGUGACCGGUCAAGUGGUUGAUGCCGCGUCUCCUUUUGUCGAGAAGGCCACUCCCGUCGUCAUCGACGUGACCAAGAAGGCUGUCAAUGCCGCUUCCCCUGUGGCGUCUGAGCUCUCUGACCAGGCCACCAAGGCUCUCUCUGACUCCGGCGUUGAGAUCGUCCCCAUCCUCUCCGCAGCCAGGAAUGCCGUCGGCGUGGCCGGUGAUGUCACCGAGAAGACGAUCGACCUCGCUUCCCCCUACGCUCAGGCCACCUUCGACACCGUGAUCGCUCAGGACCCAGCGGUUCUCGCCGUCGCCGGUGGAGGCCUCGUGCUCCUCUACCUCCUGGCACCCGCUCUCGGCGGGUCCCUCGCCUACGCCGCUCGCGGUUAUGCCGGCGAGUUCACCGCUGCUCAGGCGCUUGACCUGCUGUCGAAGGAGGACUACACCCUGGUCGACAUUCGGUCUGACGCCCAGAAGUCCCGCUCCGGCACUCCUUCCCUGCCCCGCAAUGCCAAGUCCAAGCUCGUCGCUGUCCCUGUUGAGGAUGUCGACGGCAAGCUCCGCGGCCAGAUCCGCAACUCGCGCAAGGUGGAGGCCGACAUCGCCGCCAUCAAGAUCGCCGCUCUGAAGCGCCUCAACAAGGGCUCCCGCGUCAUCCUCAUCGACUCGAACGGCGAUAUCGCCAAGCUCGUCGCCCAGUCGCUGGUGGCUCUGGGCUACAAGAGCACGUGGAUCGUGAAGGACGGCGUGGACGGCGGCAGGGGCUGGGUGCAGAGCAAGCUCGCGACCGAGUCCGGCGGUCUGUCGUUCGCCGAGGUGCUGUCCCCGUCGCGCAUCAUCGCUGGCACCGGCACACAGCGCGUGAAGCCCUCCCAGCGCCUGCUCAGCAGCGGCUCGUCGGAGUAAGCUGUGGUGCGGGUCUGAGAAGCAAGCCAAGGGCGCCGGAGCUUUCUAUGGCGUUUUUUGGGUGUCAGUUUGACUGUAGGGGUUUUUUUUUCAAGGCUGCUUUAGCUGGAAAUGCACAAGCGUUGAGCUAGGGAGGUCGUCACUGCAGAUGCUUCGGGAUUUUUACUUGUAUUUGAACCUUUAUCUCGACUUCUGAAGAUAAGCUUAUACUCAUACCUGGCUUAUGCAGCAUAGUAACAUGUUGGAGAUGGUGUAGAACACAAUAGAAAUGUACAUGUUGGAAACUGCGGUUUAGAUCUGUGAGGCGUUUUGGCUGACUUCAGAAGCUGAGGUUUUGAUA